AUGAAGAAAAAUCUCUCAAGCCCUGAAACAUUCACCCUUCUGGGAUUCGGCAACCUCCUUGCAUUGCGAAUACUCUUUGUACUGUUUUUUGCCAUCUAUGCUUUGUCUCUUGUUGGGAACCUCCUAAUUGUUUUACUUGUUGCAGCUGACCAGCAUCUUCAUACUCCCAUGUAUUUCUUCCUCAUGAACUUGUCAGGGUUGGAGACCUGCUACAUUUCAACCAUUGUACCCAGGAUGCUGGUCAGUUUCCUUACUGGGGAUAGGUCCAUAUCCAUUAAGGGGUGCAUCACACAAUACUAUUUCUUUGGUUUCUGUGUAGCCACAGAAUGUUAUCUUUUGGCAAUGAUGUCUUUUGAUCGGUAUUUGGCAAUAUGCAAACCUCUGCACUACUCAACCAUUAUGAAUGGUAGACUCUGCCUGCAGUUAACAUUCACAUCUUGGAUGUGUGGUCUGUUGACCAACACUAUCAUAACGUCUUUUUUAGUACAACUAACUUUCUGUGGACCCAAUGAAAUUGAUGAUUUCUUUUGUGAUGUAUAUCCAUUAGCAAACCUCUCAUGCAGCAAUACCCAGCUAGUAAAACUUGCAACUUCUAUUCUUGGGUAUAUGGGAAUAGGUUUCCCUUUUCUACUGACUUUGGCUUCCUAUGUUCGCAUUAUUCUCAACGUCUUGCGAAUUAAAUCCAAAGUUUCCCAGCAGAAGGCCUUCACCACUUGCUCUUCCCAUCUGAUUGUUGUGACACUUUUCUAUGGUUCAUUAUUCUUAGUCUAUGUAAUCCCUGAAACAGAAACCUUGAAGGAACUUCAUAAAAUCUUCUCUUUCUUCUACACCAUCUUGACUCCCAUGCUGAACCCCCUCAUAUACAGUUUGAGAAACAGAGAGGUGAAGGAAGCUCUGUUCAAAUCUGUCAGGAAAUUCGGAAAUAGGGUUUCAUAG